AUGUGCAUUUCUGACACCCUCUGUCUCCUGACCUCCACCCUCUGUCUCCUGACCUCCACCCUCUGUCUCCUGACCUCCACCCUCUGUCUCCUGACCUCCACCCUCUGUCGCCUGACCUCCACCCUCUGUCUCCUGACCUCCACCCUCUGUCUCCUGACCUCCACCCUCUGUCUCCUGACCUCCACCCUCUGUCACCUGACCUCCACCCUCUGUCUCCUGACCUCCACCCUCUGUCGCCUGACCUCCACCCUCUGUCUCCUGACCUCCACCCUCUGUCACAUGACCUCCACCCUCUGUCUCCUGACCUCCACCCUCUGUCUCCUGACCUCCACCCUCUGUCACCUGACCUCCACCCUCUGUCUCCUGACCUCCACCCUCUGUCGCCUGACCUCCACCCUCUGUCUCCUGACCUCCACCCUCUGUCUCCUGACCUCCACCCUCUGUCACCUGACCUCCACCCUCUGUCUCCUGACCUCCACCCUCUGUCUCCUGACCUCCACCCUCUGUCUCAUGACCUCCACCCUCUGUCUCCUGACCUCCACCCUCUGUCGCCUGACCUCCACCCUCUGUCGCCUGACCUCCACCCUCUGUCUCCUGACCUCCACCCUCUGUCUCUUGACCUCCACCCUCUGUCUCCUGACCUCCACCCUCUGUCUCCUGACCUCCACCCUCUGUCUCCUGACCUCCACCCUCUGUCGCCUGACCUCCACCCUCUGUCUCCUGACCUCCACCCUCUGUCUCCUGACCUCCACCCUCUGUCUCCUGACCUCCACCCUCUGUCUCCUGACCUCCACCCUCUGUCGCCUGACCUCCACCCUCUGUCUCCUGACCUCCACCCUCUGUCUCCUGACCUCCACCCUCUGUCACCUGACCUCCACCCUCUGUCUCCUGACCUCCACCCUCUGUCUCCUGACCUCCACCCUCUGUCUCAUGACCUCCACCCUCUGUCUCCUGACCUCCACCCUCUGUCGCCUGACCUCCACCCUCUGUCUCCUGACCUCCACCCUCUGUCUCCUGACCUCCACCCUCUGUCUCUUGACUUCCACCCUCUGUCUCCUGACCUCCACCCUCUGUCUCCUGACCUCCACCCUCUGUCUCCUGACCUCCACCCUCUGUCGCCUGACCUCCACCCUCUGUCUCCUGACCUCCACCCUCUGUCUCCUGACCUCCACCCUCUGUCUCCUGACCUCCACCCUCUGUCGCCUGACCUCCACCCUCUGUCUCCUGACCUCCACCCUCUGUCUCCUGACCUCCACCCUCUGUCACCUGACCUCCACCCUCUGUCUCCUGACCUCCACCCUCUGUCUCCUGACCUCCACCCUCUGUCUCAUGACCUCCACCCUCUGUCUCCUGACCUCCACCCUCUGUCGCCUGACCUCCACCCUCUGUCUCCUGACCUCCACCCUCUGUCUCUUGACCUCCACCCUCUGUCUCCUGACCUCCACCCUCUGUCGCCUGACCUCCACCCUCUGUCGCCUGACCUCCACCCUCUGUCGCCUGACCUCCACCCUCUGUCUCCUGACCUCCACCCUCUGUCGCCUGACCUCCACCCUCUGUCUCCUGACCUCCACCCUCUGUUUCCUGACCUCCACCCUCUGUCUCCUGACCUCCACCCUCUGUCGCCUGACCUCCACCCUCUGUCUCCUGACCUCCACCCUCUGUCUCCUGACCUCCACCCUCUGUUGCCUGACCUCCACCCUCUGUCUCCUGACCUCCACCCUCUGUCGCCUGACCUCCACCCUCUGUCGCCUGACCUCCACCCUCUGUCUCCUGACCUCCACCCUCUGUCGCCUGACCUCCACCCUCUGUCUCCUGACCUCCACCCUCUCAAUCACGUGGUACAAAGAUGGCCGUCCGGUCACGGGCGCCGCGGGGGUGACCGUGGCGAGGCGAGGGCAGCUGUUGGAGAUUGAACAGGCUCAACUCUCAGACGCUGGAGAGUACAAAUGUGUGGCCGUGAACCUGGCUGGAGUGGCUGAGAUGUUCCACAGCCUACACGUGCUCGUCCCUCCAGUGAUCUCCAGCCGUGGGGGCACUGUCACGGUGGUGGUCAAUGAAGCGGUCAGACUGGAGUGUGAGGCCACUGGGGUCCCCCUGCCCAGCCUCACCUGGCUCCAGGACGGCAGCCCUGUGGCCAGUCUGUCCCAUGGAAUACAGGUGGAGUCUGGGGGCCGACUCCUGUCUAUGAGCAGUGCACAGGUCACAGACACCGGCCGCUACACCUGCGUGGCUGUCAACGCAGGAGGAGAACAACAGAAGCACUAUGACCUGCGGGUGUUUGUGCCUCCCAACAUAAAGGGAGAGGAGGUGAACGCCACAGUGAUGCUGGGCGACCCAGUGGAGCUGCACUGCCAGAGCGAUGCUGUGCCCCCUCCGGUCCUGUCCUGGCGCAAAGAUGGCCGCCCUCUCUUCAGGAAGCUCGGGCUCACGCUGUCUGAGGACGGAAGCCAGCUCAAGGUUGCCAGAGCCCAACUGCAGGACUCAGGACGAUACACAUGUGAAGCAACCAAUGUGGCAGGAAAGACCGACAAGAACUACAACCUUCAUGUGUGGGUUUCCCCCAGUAUUCGAGGAUCAGAGGAGGUUUCUGCGCUGACUGUUACUGAGGGAGGACUCAUCAGUUUGGUGUGUGAGUCCAGCGGCAUCCCUCCUCCAAGCCUGACCUGGAGGAGAAACGGCAAAGAGCUGAGAUCCAGUGCGAGGGUGAAGGUUCUGUCUGGGGGCCGUCAGCUUCAGAUCUCCAGCGCAAACCGUACGGACUCCGCCUCGUACACCUGCAGUGCCUCCAGCGCCUCAGGGACCAGCGCCAAGGAGUACAGCCUGCAGGUCUACGUGCGGCCAUACAUCCAACUCAGCGACGGCUACUCUGAGGAUAUCACCGUGAUCAAAGGGGGCACCCUCUCUCUUCAGUGCGCGCCAGAGGGAGUUCCCCGCCCUGCAGUCACAUGGUUCAAAGAUGGACGUCCGAUCGCGGGGCACCACGGAGCCCGGGUCCUGAACGAAGGCCGGCUGCUGCAGAUCAAAGACGCCCAGGUCACGGACACGGGAAGAUACACGUGCAUCGCUGUGAACGUGGCGGGCCAGGCGGACAGCAGGCAGGACGUCAGCGUGCACGUUCCACCCACUAUACUUGGAGAGGUGCAGUUCCCAGACAAUAUCAGUGUUGUGCUGAAGAAUCCAGUGGUUUUGGGCUGUGAAGGCCAUGGCAUUCCACUUCCUGAUAUCACCUGGCUCAAAGAUGGACAGCCAAUCACCACAAGCAGCUCUGUGCGCAUCCUGUCCGGAGGGCGGAGCUUGCGGCUUAUGCAUUCUGCCCUGGAGGAUUCUGGGAGAUACACCUGCAUUGUGUCAAAUACUGCUGGGGAGGAAAGGAAAGACUUCGAUCUGAACAUAUUGGUUCCGCCCAGUAUUGUAGAUGAAGGAACUGUUCAGGACACUAAGGUGAAGGAGAAACACAACAUCACGCUGAGUUGUGCGGCCACAGGUAAUCCCGUUCCAGAAGUCAGAUGGCAGAAGGACGGACAGCCGCUGGUGCCCAGUAUGAACCAUCAGAUUGUUUCACACGGUCGCUUUCUCCACAUUACCGGGGCUCAGCUUGUGGACACUGGCAGAUACAGCUGUCAUGCUUCUAACAGCGCUGGAGACCGCAGUCGUCAUUUCAACCUCAAUAUUCUAGUGGCUCCUACCAUCGCUCAGCCCGGCCCUGAAGGCUCCGCAGAGGAGGUGACCGUGACCCUGAGCAGUCCCACGUCUCUGGUGUGUGAAGUGCAGUCUUACCCUCCAGCUCUGAUUACAUGGCUCAAAGAUGGUUCUCCCUUUGAAUCCACCCGCAGCGUUCGAGUCCGUCCAGGUGGACGCACGCUGCAGAUUCUCCAUGCUAAAGAAGAAGAUGCUGGGAGAUACACCUGUGUGGCCACCAAUGAGGCCGGAGAGACUCUCAAGCACUACCAAGUCAAAGUCCACGUUCCCCCACAGAUCAAUAAGAACGACCUCCCAGGAGAAGGACUGUUUCCGAAGGAGGUUAAAAUCAAAGUGAACAGCACAUUGACACUGGAGUGUGCAGCUCAGGCCUCUCCGGCCCCAGCCCUGCAGUGGUUCAAGGACGGACAGACCUUGUUGGCAGAUGACCAUGUGUCUAUUACAGCCAGUGGUCGCAUUGUGCAGAUCAAGCAUGCUCAGGUGUCGGACACUGGGCGCUACACCUGCGUGGCCACUAACAUAGCAGGAGAGGACGAGAAGGACUUUGAUGUAAAUAUACAAGUCCCUCCACACUUCCACCAUGGCGAGACGAGCCCUUUGCCUGGUGCUGAUGGAGAUGUGCGGGAUGUGAUCCUGAAUAAUCCUGUGUCCUUGUUCUGUGAGACCAACGCAGUGCCUCCGCCCACUCUCACCUGGUACAGGGACGGCCGCCCGCUGCAGUCCACCAGCAGAGUCCUGGUGCUGCCCGGUGGUCGAGUUUUACAGAUUCCUCGAGCUCGGGUGGAGGACUCAGGGCGAUACACAUGUGUGGCUGUGAACGAGGCGGGACAGGACUCCAUUCAGUACGACGUCAGAGUGUUAAUACCUCCAACAAUUCGUGACUCGGACACAGAAUUUCCAGAGGAAGUCACCGUAUUGGCAAACAAAACCACUCAACUCAAAUGUCAAGUGGAUGGAAGCCCCGCCCCCAACGUCACAUGGUACAAGGACAGCCAGCGCCUCAGCACGGACGCCACGCACCGUGUACUGUCCAGCGGACGCAUCCUUCAGGUGUUGACCCCCCAACUGGCCGACACUGGACGCUACGUGUGUGUGGCUGAAAACGUUGCCGGCAGCACCGAAAAGUCAUUUAACCUCAAUGUUCAUUUGCCUCCUUCUUUUCUUGGAAUGAACUCGGAGACUCUCACAGUCGUAGUGAACAACUUUGUGUCUUUGUCAUGUGAAGCAACGGGAAUCCCACCGCCAGCACUGAGCUGGUUAAAUGAAAAAGGCCCGGUUCAGGCCGGUAGCAAUGCAAUCAUUACGCCAGGUGGGCGUACUUUACAGAUUCUCAAAGCAAAGGUUUCAGAUGGUGGGAAAUAUAAAUGUGUGGCCAUAAAUCCAGCAGGAGAAGCCCAAAAGGUUAUCCAGCUGACAGUUUAUGUCCCCCCCAGUAUCCAGGGCAGCAGGGGGAACACUCCUGUGGUGGUGAAUGUGCUGAUGGAUAAAGAUGUGGCUCUGGAGUGUGAGUCGAACGCUGUCCCUCCUCCCACCCUGACAUGGUACAAGAACGGUCGAGUGGUGACGGAGUCGCCCCACGUGCAGAUCCAGGCCAGGGGACAGAGGCUGCUGAUCAAAGGCUCUGAGGUCUCUGAUACUGGACAAUAUGUCUGCAAGGCCACAAAUGUGGCAGGACAAGUUGACAAGAACUUCCACCUCAACAUAUACAUUCCUCCAAGUAUUGACGGCCAAUCAGAAGAGACCUUUGUUGAAACCGUCGGUAACCCGGUCACCUUUGCCUGUGACGCCACAGGGAUCCCUCCGCCCAGGCUGACCUGGCUCAAGAAUGGACACCCCAUUGAGAACUCUGAGUCUUUUGAGAUGCACAUCUUCUCUGGAGGCAGUAAGCUUCAGAUUUCUCGAUCACAAGUUUCUGACAGUGGCACCUUCACUUGUGUGGCUUCAAACGUGGAAGGAAGAGCCUCCAAACACUACCAUCUGACCAUACAAGUUCCUCCGAGCAUCUACGGAUCAGAAAUGCCGACUGAGAUGGGAGUGUUGUUCAAUGAAAGCAUUAAGCUGGAGUGUCAAGUACAAGGAAACCCAAGUCCGACCAUUCAGUGGCUGAAGGACGGCCAUGUCAUCGAGGAGAGCUUCUCAAACUACUCACUCAGCAUCAGUCCAGAUGGAAGCAUUCUGACCGUGGAUGCAGCAGACAUCGCCGCUAGUGGGAAAUACACAUGUGUGGCCACUAACUCUGCUGGGGAAGAGGACCGUAUUUAUAACCUCAAUGUAUAUGUGCCUCCCAGGAUUGAGCUCAGCACAGAGGCGGCGGAGGAGGUGGUCAGUGUGUUGGACAGCUCAGUGAACAUGGCGUGCUCGGCCACCGGCUCGCCGCCUCCUCAGAUGAACUGGCUCAGGAACGGCCUUCCUCUGCCCGUCUCCGCCCACAUCAGGCUGCUCUCUGCUGGACAGAUGCUCCGAAUAACACGCACUCAAGUGUCUGACGGUGGCACCUACACAUGUGUGGCAUCCAACAGAGCAGGAGUGGACAACAAGCAUUACAACCUGCAAGUGCAUGUGCCCCCUAGUCUGGACGGUGCUGGGAGUGUGGAGGACCUCACGGCGGUCAGGGGAAACAUGGCGUCUCUGCGGUGUGUGGCUGAUGGGACCCCUGCUCCGCUCAUGAGCUGGUUCAAAGAUGGAGAGCUGCUUCAGUCUGAGGGCCAGCUGCUGCUGCUGAACCUCAACACCACUCUACAACUGUCUAGAGUCACAGUGAACCACACAGGGACGUACACAUGUGUAGCCAACAACAGUGCGGGACACACCAGCCGCCAUUUCAAUCUCAAAGUACUGGAGCCUCCACACAUUGAGGGCUCGGGGGUCCUGGAUGAAGUGUCCGUGGUGGUCAAUAAUGUGAUGGAGCUUCACUGUAACGCCUCCGGCAUCCCAACGCCAUCCCUGACCUGGCUCAAAGAUGGCCGCCCCCUGCCCCAGACUAACAGCCUGCGCCUCCUGAGUGGAGGAGAGGUGCUACGUGUAUCUACAGCCCAGCUGGAAGACACAGGCCGAUACAGCUGCUUGGCCAACAGCCCAGCUGGCGAUGACAACAAGGAGUUCCUGGUCCACGUGCACGUUCCACCUAAUAUCAUCGGGGAGACCACGCCACAGGACACAUCUGUCCUCCUGAACAGACAGAUUACUCUGGAGUGCAAAUCAGACGCUGUUCCCCCUCCCACCUUGACCUGGCUCAAAGACGGGAACCCGCUUCAGGCUUCUCCUCGAGUCCGUGUCCUGUCCAGCGGCCGAUACCUCCAGAUCAACAUGGCAGAGCUGACCGACAGAGCGCAUUACACCUGCGUCGCCAGCAACGUCGCCGGAAAAACCACAAGGAACUUCAACUUGACUGUCAAUGUGGCCCCUUCGAUCAGACAGAGUCCAGUCGCACUGUCUGUACCAAUAGAGCAGCCUGUGGUGCUGGAGUGUGUGGUGGAGGGAGUGCCACCCCCGCGGGUAACCUGGAGAAAGCACGGGGCAAUACUCUCCACUAACAGCCCCAGAUACGCAAUUGCCGAAGAUGGGUCGCUGCACAUUCACUCUGCUCAGGUCACAGACACGGGCCGCUACCUGUGCAUGGCCACGAAUCCAGCCGGGACACAGCGCAAGAGAGUGGACCUGCAAGUCCACGUUCCUCCUUCUAUCACUGAGGGCCACAACAACGUGACGGUGACAGUCAAUGUCCAGACCACGCUGUCCUGUGAGGCCGCGGGGAUUCCUAAACCCACAGUCAGCUGGAGGAAGAACGGACGCCUCAUUAACACCGACCAGAACCAGAAUAUGUAUAGGUUAUUGUCGUCUGGAUCUCUGGUGGUCAUCGCGGCCACAGUGGAGGACACAGCUGUGUACGAGUGUGUGGUCUCUAAUGAAGCCGGAGAGGACUCCAGACAGGUCAUCCUCAGCGUCCAUGUGCCUCCAUCCAUCGCUGAUGAGCUCACUGAGCUGGUUGUGAUGAGACUGUCCUCAGUGAUCAUACCUUGUACUGCAUCUGGGGUCCCAGAGCCCACCAUCCACUGGAGCAGGGAUGGGACCAGGCUGUCGCAUGAAGGGCAGGGGUACAGCCUCCUGCCGACAGGUCCAAUUGAGAUCGAGUCAGUCGAACUUAGUGAUGCCGGACGCUACAAGUGCACAGCCCAAAACGCUGCAGGCUCCACUGUGCGACAUGUGCAGCUGACUGUUCAGGAGCUCCCGGUCAUCCAGAACCACCGAGUGGAUUUGGAUGUGAUUCUAAACAACCCUGUGACCCUGCCCUGCAGCGCAACAGGCUCCCCCACCCCGACCAUCAGCUGGCAGAAAGAGGGCAUCAGCCUCCCGACGGCCGGUGGUGUUUACACAGUGCUGCCCGAUGGAAGUCUGCAGAUCUCAAAGUCCUCUGUGUUGGAUUCAGGCACAUACAUCUGUGUGGCUCAGAACAGCGCAGGCACAGCUUUGGGAAAAACCAAACUCAUAGUCCAAGUUCCCCCGGUGAUCAGGACGGUUUCUCAGAACUACGCUUCUCCUGUGGACUCCUCUGUGAUGCUGCCGUGUCUGGCAGAGGGCACUCCUGCUCCAGUCCUGUCCUGGCGUAAAGACGGCCAGCUGCUCUCAGAGUCCGUUGGCCAGAGAGUGCUCAGCUCGGGCUCUCUGCAGAUGGCCUUCCUCCAGCCCGGGGACACAGGCCGCUACACCUGCACAGCGGCUAAUGCAGCAGGGACCGCCAGUGUGGACAUGGAGCUCACUGUGCAGAUUCCCCCCUCCAUUGUGAGAGGAAGGUCAGAGGUGUCCGUGGUGGAGGGCAGUCAGACCCAGCUGGUGUGCGUGGCUGAGGGGGUCCCACAGCCCAUCCUGAGCUGGGAGAAGGACGGGGUGCCAGUGAGCGACAGCACUGGGGAGUAUACUGUCCUGCCGUCUGGAGAGCUGCUCAUAGACAUCGCACAGGCUUCAGACGGCGGCUCGUACACCUGUGUGGCCACCAACACUGUGGGUCAGGACACCCACACCAUGUCUGUUGCCGUCCACACACAUCCUGUUUUUACUCAACUACUCGGAGACGUGUCCCUCAACAAAGGAGAGCGCCUCCUACUGGCCUGUGGUGCCACUGGGGUCCCUGCACCUCGGAUCACAUGGGCCUUCAACAACAAGAUCAUCCCAGUUGUCUACAAUCACAUAAGCGGCCACAGUGAGCUGGUCAUCGACAGAGUGAGCAAACAUGAAGCAGGCACUUACACCUGCACGGGAGAGAACAGUGUGGGCGUGGUGAAGUCUGUGGGCUUUGUUUAUGUUAAAGAGCCCCCAAUCAUUGAUGGAGACCUCAACUCAAACCGGAUCGAGCCUCUGGGGGGAAACGCCAUCUUGAACUGUGAGGUCAGGGGCAGCCCGUUACCCACCAUUCACUGGGUUAAAAAUGGUAUAAACAUUCCAAUCAAUAAUCGCAUCCGGCUGCUGGACAACGGGUCUUUGGCCAUUUACGGCACAGUGGCUGAGGAUGCCGGUAAUUACAUGUGUGUGGCCACAAAUGAUGCUGGCAUUAUGGAAAGAAGCGUCACACUAACGCUGCAGAGUGUCCCCUCGAUUGUCCUUGAGCCAGUAGACACAGUCCUGGACGCUGGUGCUUCAGUGGUGCUGAACUGCCAGGCUGAAGGGGAGCCCGUUCCGAUGAUAGAGUGGUCCAGAGAGGGGCGUCCGCUCCUGGGUAAUGAUCGCUUCUCCUCCCUGACCAACGGCUCUCUACACAUCAGCGGGGCCCAGCGGGAAGACACCGCGGAGUACGAGUGUGUGGCAAGGAACCUUCUGGGCUCUAUACUGGUCAGGGUCACGCUCACUGUGCGAGUGCAUGGAGGGUACUCAGAGUGGUCCGAGUGGGGUCCAUGCAGUGUGUCCUGUGGAGCUGGAGGUCAGAAAAGGCGGAGGCAAUGUAAUAAUCCGACGCCAGCCAACGGAGGGCAGGACUGUACUGGGCUCUCCUCUGCGACACGCAGCUGCUACGGGAAGCCUUGUUCUGUGGACGGCAGCUGGUCUGAGUGGUCUGCUUGGGAGGAGUGUUCCCGGACCUGUGGGCAAGGCAACAGGACACGGAUCCGGAGCUGUAGUGACCCGCCAGCGCUGCACGGGGGCCGGCCGUGUGAAGGCAGGGCUGCAGAGGUUAUCAUGUGCAGCGUCAGGCCUUGUCCAGUGGCAGGUCACUGGGGGCCCUGGCUUCCAUGGAGCCCCUGCAGUGAGACCUGUGGUAAAGGCAUGCAGUCCAGGGUAAAGCUGUGCAACAACCCCCCUCCUGCGUUUGAGGGGCCCCAGUGUGAAGGCAGCGACACACAGACACAGGCGUGCAAGGAGAGGCCCUGCCCUGUGGAUGGAAAGUGGUCCUCGUGGGUGACCUGGGCCGCAUGCAGCGUAUCGUGUGGAGGCGGGACCAGACAAAGGACACGCCUCUGUGCAAGCCCCGCCCCUCUGCACAGCGGGCGCCAGUGUGAAGGGAGUGAUGUGCAAGUGGACUUCUGCAACAGCAACCCGUGCCCAGGUGGGACACAGCACAGGGACUCAGCACAGGGACUCAGCACAGGGACUCAGCACAGGGACUCAGCACAGGGACUCAGCACAGGGACUCAGCACAGGGACUCAGCACAGGGACACAGCACAGGGACUCAGCACAGGGACACAGCACAGGGACUCAGCACAGGGACUCAGCACAGGGACACAGCACAGGGACAGGGACUCAGCAGGGACUCAGCACAGGACACAGCACAGGGACUCAGCACAGGGACUCAGCACAGGGACUCAGCACAGCCACAGGGAACUCAGCACAGGGACUCAGCACAGGGACCACACAGCACAGGGGACCAGCACAGGGACUCAGCACAGGGACUCAGCACAGGGACUCAGCACAGGGGACUCAGCACAGGGACUCAGCACAGGGACUCAGCACAGGGACCAGCACAGGGACUCAGCACAGGGACUCAGCACAGGGACUCAGCACAGGGACUCAGGCACAGGGACUCAGCACAGGGACACAGGCACAGGGACUCAGCACAGGGACUCAGCACAGGGACACAGCACAGGGACUCAGCACAGGGACUCGGCACAGGGGACUCAGCACAGGGACUCAGCACAGGGACUCAGCACAGGGACACAGCACAGGGGACUCAGCACAGGGACUCAGCACAGGGACUCAGCCAGGCACAGGGACUCAGCACAGGGACUCAGCACAGGGACUCAGCACAGGGACACAGCACAGGACUCAGCACAGGGACUCAGCACAGGGACUCAGCACAGGGACUCAGCACAGGACUCAGCACAGGGACUCAGCACAGGGACUCAGCACAGGGACACAGCACAGGGGACUCAGCACAGGGACUCAGCACAGGACUCAGCACAGGGACUCAGCACAGGGACCACAGGCUCAGCACAGGGACUCAGCACAGGGACUCAGCACAGGGACUCAGCACAGGGACUCAGCACAGGGAAGCACAGGGACUCACAGGGACUCAGCACAGGGACUCAGCACAGGGACUCAGCACAGGGACACAGCACAGGGACUCAGCACAGGGACUCAGCACAGGGACUCAGCACAGGGACUCAGCACAGGGACUCAGCACAGGGACUCAGCACAGGGACUCAGCACAGGGACUCAGCACAGGGACUCAGCACAGGGACUCAGCACAGGGACUCAGCACAGGGACUCACACAGGGACUCAGCACAGGGACUCACACGGACUCAGCAGGGACUCAGCACAGGGGGACUCAGCACAGGGACUCAGCACAGGGACUCAGCACAGGGACUCAGCACAGGGACUCAGCACAGGGACUCAGCACAGGGACUCAGCACAGGGACUCAGCACAGGGACUCAGCACAGGGACUCAGCACAGGGACUCAGCACAGGGACUCAGCACAGGGACUCAGCACAGGAUCAGGGACUCAGCACAGGGACUCACCAGACCAGGGACUCAGCACAGGGACUCAGCACAGGGGACUCAGCACAGGACUCAGCACAGGGACUCAGCACAGGGACUCAGCACAGGGACUCAGCACAGGCGACUCAGCACAGGGACUCAGCACAGGGACUCAGCACAGGGACUCAGCACAGGGACUCAGCACAGGGACUCAGCACAGGGACUCACACAGGGACUCAGCACAGGGACUCAGCACAGGGACUCAGCACAGGCACAGCACAGGGACUCAGCACAGGGAUCAGACUCAGGGCACAGGGACUCAGCACAGGACUCAGCACAGGAUCGGGGACUCAGCACAGGGACUCAGCACAGGGACUCAGCACUCAGGGACUCAGCACAGGGGACUCAGCACAGGGACUCAGCACAGGGCAGCACAGCACAGGGACUCAGCACAGGGACUCAGCACAGGGACUCAGCACAGGGACUCAGCACAGGGACUCAGCACAGGGACUCAGCACAGGGGACUCAGCACAGGGGCACAGACUCAGCACAGGGACUCAGCACAGGGACUCAGCACAGGGACUCAGCACAGGGACUCAGCACAGGGACUCAGCACAGGGGACUCAGCACAGGGGACUCAGCACAGGGACUCAGCACAGGGACUCAGCACAGGGACUCAGCACAGGGACAACAUAA